GAGGUCCAUAUUGUACUUUCUACUCUACUACAUCUCAGAGGUAAAACUGUACUUUAUACUGUACUACACCUCAGAGUUACAUAUUAUACUUUUAACUGGACUACAUGUCAGAGGUACAUGUUGUACUUUCUACUGUACUUAUAUGUACUUUAGGAUAUAAAGUAAUUAACAUCAAACAUACACAUUAAUGCAGCAGUAAUAACUACUUGAACUAUAUUUAUACACAUCACACUGUGGCAUUAGUACAUGUACUGAAGUACAGGACUUGAAUACUUCAGAUACACAUGAUGACGCAUAAUGAAAGAGUAGUUAUGUAUAUUUCCAGAUGACGUCACUCGGCUCUCUCCCCAAACCACACGGCCCCCUCGCGCAUGCGCACAGCUGCGGGUGUUCACCACAUUGAAGCUGCUGAACUCUCGGAAGUUUAAGCUAAGUUUAGCAGUGAUUUAGCACCAACAGGCUAGCGGCAGAAAAACACUGUUCGACGGAGGAAAACUCGUUUUAUAUCGAUAAUAAAGUUCGUUAGGACGGGAUCUAGUGAACCACGGAGGAACCACCGAUGGAUCUAAACAGUUUAUCAUCGGUUUAUCUGCGUUAGACCCUCUGGAAGAAGUUGUGAUUGUUGUUUUUUGGCGCUCUAGCAGCGCAGAGGAAAGAUGGAGGAGUAGCAUCGAGCUAACGCUAGCUGGGGUCGGUUAUAACUCGGUUACAUCGGACUGGAUGUGAGGCUGUGUUCCACCACUAAGACUGUAGCUGCUGUUCAUGUUUCCAGAUCAACCAGAGCAUGAGGGUCCCUCUGAGGAUGGAACCAGGUCUACUGGAGGCAGGAUCUAGACAUCAGAUGGUGCUCUGAAGAAGCCAUGGGUAGCUGUUUAAGCUGUCCAGAGAAAGAGUCAAUUCCAGAUAAUCAUCAAAGUAAAUUCAAGGUGAUAAACGUGGACGACGAUGGGAACGAACUGGGCUCAGGUGUGAUGGAGUUGACUGAUGCUGAACUUGUCCUCCACACCCAUCGCCGUGACGACGUCAGGUGGCCAUACCUGUGCUUACGUCGCUAUGGUUACGACUCCAAUCUGUUCUCGUUUGAGAGCGGCAGACGAUGUCAGACCGGCCAAGGUAUUUUUGCCUUCAAAUGUUCUCGAGCUGAAGAAAUCUUCAACAUGCUGCAGGAGGUGAUGCACAGUCACAGCAUCAGUGUGGUGGAGGAGGCGGUGCUGGAGCCCAACCAGUCAAUACACACACCUGCAGCUCUGGGUUACUCGGUGCCUACGGUGCCUAAUGGUGUGACCAGGAUCCCAUCUGUGGGUGAAGCCCCGUCUCACCCCUCCACCCGUCACCCGUCUGUGGCCAGCACCCGUCUGCCCUCCGUGGGAGAAGAGUCCACUCAUCCUCUGCUGGUGGCUGAUGAAGCGGUCCACACCUAUGUGAACACCACGGGGCUCCUGGAGGACCAGCCCAGCCCUCUGACAGUCACCCCUAACCCGAUGGAGAGCCCCACCUCCCCCCGGUCUCUGUGUCCUCCGACCCCCCCGCCUCCUCCGAGGGUCCGCGUGGAGCCGUUGGACCCGCCCCCCGAGCCGGAGCCCCAGGUGGUGCUGGAGCCUCAGGGGGUUCGCUUCGUGCUGGGCCCCACCCCCGUUCAGAGGCAGCUGAUGGAGAAGGAGAAGAGGCAGCAGGAGGUGGAGGAGCCCCGAGAGACUAACGGCCACAUGGAGGUCAGCAUCGAGGCCGAGCCGGCUCCUCCUCUCUCCAACGGCUCCUCCUCCUCUAAUCCCUCCACGGCUUUUCGCCGCCACCGCCCGCCCCCCCUCACCCCCGACUUGCAGAAUGUCAACAACUCGGCCCAGCGGCGCACCGCCCUGCUGGACUACGAGAACCUGCCGGCACUGCCGCCGGUGUGGGAGACGAGGAAGCCGAGCUCGGAGGAGGAGGAGUAUCUGAAGACGCCGUCGCUCAACGGCUACAGCCAUCACCACCCCCCCCACAGCCUGCUGCACCACUCCUACUCCCACCCUCUCUCGCCUGGCCAAGAGGCCUCUCACAACUACGUCAACACGGAGAACGUGACCGCUCCGCUCAGCGCCCACCGGCCCGACACGGCCCGGCGCCGCACCGACGGGCCCACCAUCUUCAACUUUGACUUCCGUCGGCCGCUGCCGGGCCACGCGGAGCUGCCCAAAACCCUGAACUACAUCGAGGUGGAGAUGGACAACAGCGUGGGGAACAAGGGCGCUUCGGACGGCAGCAACCCCCCCACGCCCCGCACCCCCACCUCCCCGCUCCCCCCCACCUCCCCGCUCCCCCCCAUCACCCCCACCCGCCGCACAGAGCUCUACGCCCUCAUCGACAUCGAACGCACCGCUGCCAUGUCCAACCUGCAGAAGGCUCGGCCGCGAGACGAUGGCACGUCACGCAAGACGCGACACAACAGCACGGAGCUGCCCACCAAAGGCACCGCAUGACCCCGCCCCUUUUCACCCUGCGUGUCGUCUGAUUUGACGGACGGAGCUUCUUUAUAUUCACACGGAGACGCAGUGACAGACUCCACCAAUGAGUUAAUGGCUUCCUGUUCAGGUAGACGUCACACCUGAACCUCGGUACUCUUCAUACAGCGGUGAUAUAAGACCUCUGUUUGGGUUGAUGUUGAUAAGACUGGACUGCAUUCCGCCUCCUUGUAUGGUACAAAUCAGUAUUACUGAACAAAGCAUUCCAUUUAGCCUUUUAUAUGAUUCACUACAUGCUGCUGUAACUCCGUAUCUAAGGACCACAUGGUACACCACAUAAUGUCUCUGAAUAUGUACAGUAGAUUCUGGCACAAUAAAUGUCUGUUGUUUUAUUUGUACUUA